GGGCGGGGGGGAGCAGAAAACGUGCUCACUGACUUCCCCACCUGGCUUAUCCCCUUCCCAGGCAGAAUCGCUAAUAAGGGGGCCAGGGUGGGAUUUCGUAGGUCCUGCGUCAGAUGGAGCCCGUAGGCGAUUGGGGGAGGCUUCGCUUUUCCCUUUUUGACUAAUUAUAAAGUGGCUCCAUCCUCCUUCCAGAGCCCUGACUUUGGUGAAGAGCAUCCCAGCCCUGCAAACAGAUCCAGCCAGCGCGGGGGGCCAGGAGAUCGCAGCUCCAACGGGGCACUUUCUCCGCCUGCCUCCACGCUCCUGUAAGAUUUACUGAAGCUGACGCUCAGUAACUGCGGGCUAUUACUUUUCUCCUGUAUUUUUUUUUCCUUCUAGAGCUUCUCCAGAGGCACAAAUUGCUUAGCCCUUCUAUAAAUACAAGGGGCUCAAACCAAGAGGCUCCAGCAAGCGACAAAGCUCACUCCCGAGGAGCUUCUGCGGGCUCCCAAGGAAGCAGCAUGUAUCCCAUGGCGUUGCUCCUGAAACUUUGCGGCUUGCUCUUGGCUCUCAGCAGCUGCCUGGUCUGGACAGUGCAGGCGGACUGCAGCAAGGACUGCGCCUCCUGCUCCUACCGGCUGGGUCACCACGCAGAGAUCAACCCCCUGGCAUGCACAUUAGAAUGUGAAGGAAAAUUGCCUUCUGCCAAAGCCUGGGAAACCUGCAAGGAGCUUAUGCAAUUGACUAAACUGGAUCUUUCUGACGAAGGCAACAGUGCUCCAGGGGACAACAAGAAAGAACAGGAUGAGAAUCAUUUGCUAGCAAAGAAGUAUGGUGGCUUCAUGAAAAGGUAUGGUGGCUUCAUGAAGAAAAUGGAUGAGCUUUAUCAUGUAGAACCGGAGGAGGAAACAAACGGAGGUGAGAUCCUUACUAAGAGGUAUGGAGGGUUUAUGAAGAAAGACUCCAGUGAUGAUGCCCUGGCUAAUUCCUCUGAUCUGCUGAAGGAGCUUCUGGGAACAGGGGCCAACGCUGAAGCCUCACAUUACCGACAGAUAAAUGAUAAUGAUGGGGACGUCAGUAAAAGAUAUGGAGGCUUCAUGAGAAGCUUCAAGCGCAGUCCAGAACUGGAAGAUGAAGCCAAAGAGCUGCAAAAGAGAUACGGUGGCUUUAUGAGAAGAGUAGGGAGGCCAGAAUGGUGGCUGGACUACCAGAAACGUUAUGGUGGAUUUCUUAAGCGCUUCACUGAUUCUUUUCUUCCUUCAGAUGAAGAUGGGGAAAGUUAUUCCAAAGAGGUUCCAGAGAUGGAAAAGAGAUAUGGUGGAUUUAUGAGAUUUUAAUAUCCUCCCCUUUAUCCCUUUUGUCCCAAAUGAAAGACACUGCCUCAUUGGUCAUAAUUUAUUGUAACGUGUUGCUUGUACUGUACAGUUUUUUACUGUCCUAGUUAAUGAUGCAAUCUGUUGUUUCAGGUUCCGUGUUCUUUUAAGUCAAUAACUUCUGUUUUAGUCAGAUUUAAGUCUAUAUUGUAGUUUUCAUGCUAAAACUAUUUUGGUUACCUUAUCCCUUUUCUUUAAACAUUACCGCACAUCUACAGUAGAAUUGCUUAAUUGUAUAUACAAUAAAUUCUUCAUUCUAACUGCA